UAUCACUUAUGUCACUUUUGUCCUCAUUUAGAUAUUUUUCUUUUUGAUAUUUUUCUUUUUCUUUCUCACCUUUUAGAUAUUUUUAUUUCUCGCCAUUAUAAAUUUCUAGAUUUAUGUUGAUCUUGACUUUGUAGCUUUAUGCUUUGUUUCCUGCUCUCCUUUUUUUUUUUUCUAAAUAUCCGUUCCUUCUAAAGUGCUAAAAAAACUUCAAUUUAUCAAUAAUAUUAUAUACUUAUUAACCCUUCUCUUUGCGUUCCCAUGCAAUCUCCUCUAAUCCCACAUCUUUUUACAAGAAUAACUUGCAGCCCAAACUCCUGCAAAUCCAACCUAAACAAACACUCACUUUCACGCAACGCUUAUGAGUGGUAUUGUUAAAGUUAUAUUUAAAUAAAUUAAAUUAGACCACGAAAGAAGCACAGCUUAAAUAUGUGUUGGUUGGGAAAUAUAUCUCUAAGAAGUAUGUGUCGAUUAGAGGUGUCCUUGAUUCAAUACAUAAAGCCUUCACUUGAUAUAUGUAAAGAUACACACUCAUUUUAUUAUCCAAAUUAUAUUUACUUUGGUGUAACUGGCACCUAUAUAAUAUUAUAGUUUACUGCUCCUAUCAUUUACGAUACUCAUUUUUUGCGUGAACAACUACAAAACAUACAAAUAUAUUACUAUCACUAACCAAUACCAAAAUGGAUCAACAAAUCUUUUACAACUUAUUAGACAACAAAACGUACAAAACCGGCGCGUAGCGCCGGAAAACCCCUAGUAUUUGUAAAAUAAAAAUAUAUCCGCACGAUGUGCGGGAUAAACUCUAGUUACUAAUCAUAAAACAAAAAUCUUACGUGGAAAUUUACUUACCAAACUAAUUUGAAACGGAGAAGUUGAGUAUGUGGACUAAAUUAAUCGUGUUAGAUUUUUUUUGUAAAAGUCUAAAUAUUAGAAGAAGACAAAACCACUAUGACUUUGUUCAUGCUAGUUUUUCAAAGAAGACAAAGGGUGGGUUUGUAAAAAUCACAUAAAAACACACACACAAAAAAAAAUUAAUAUUGCAAAAAAUAGUUAAAAAAAAGAGUUGUUCGCUCGAAAAAUAAUAAAAGGCAUAAAAUUAUGCUACAUUUUUGUUUCUUUAACUUAAAUAUAUUAUUAUAUUAGUAAUUUAUUGGUGAAUUUUUCAUUGAGGAGAAACUCUAGUAACGUUGAUGAUAUACAUACACUUCACCAUUAUAUAAAGCGCCUGAAAUCUGGUCUUCUGAUGCCAAAAAGAUACAACAUAAUGGAUUUUCAUAUAUUCCGAUUAUUUCGUUCGAUUAGCGUAGCAUUUUUCAUCUUACAUGGCUCGUGUUAUUCCGACAAAGUUUUUCAAAAGAUGCUACAUCAGCACCAAUGUUAUCUCACUUCGACUACAUAGUCAUCGGAGGAGGAACCGCCGGAUGUGCAAUAGCCGCAACGUUAUCCCAAAACGCUACUGUUUUAGUUCUCGAACGUGGUGGGUCCCCUUACGACAAUCCCACGGCCACAGACAUCGGAAACUUCUUGAGCACAUUCUUGAACACAACUCCAAACUCAUGGUCGCAGCUUUUCAUCUCCGAAGACGGCGUUUUCAACACACGCGCACGCGUGCUAGGAGGAGGAACGGUGCUAAACGCUGGAUUCUAUUCACGUGCGGAAGAUGAGUUCGUGGCGGAAACUGGUUGGGUAAGAGAAGAGGUAGAAGCUGCUUACGAGUGGGUCGAGAAGAAGUUGGUGUUCGAACCACAGAUUAAGGGAUGGCAAACGGCGUUUAUAGAUGGUCUUUUGGAGGUUGGCGUGACUCCCUACAAUGGUUUCACCUACGAACAUGUUCAUGGGACCAAAGUUGGUGGUACGAUAUUUGAUCCGGAUGGUAGAAGACACACGGCAGCGAAUCUAUUGGAGUAUGCUGAUCCACAAAAGAUUACUGUCUACUUGCACGCUUCUGUUCAUAAGAUCCUCUUCACCACCACAGGAAAUAUGAGGCCCAAGGCAAAUGGGGUGAUCUUCCGGGAUGCGAAUGGAGUGUUCCACACGGCAAAACUAGCUGCACAUAGUGCACUGAAUGAGGUGAUCUUAUCAGCCGGGGCCAUCGCUAGCCCUCAGCUACUGAUGUUGAGUGGUGUUGGCCCUGCGUCUCAUCUAGCAGACCAUGGAGUGGAACCGGUCAUCCUAGAUCAACCCAUGGUGGGACAAGGAAUGUGUGAUAAUCCGAUGAAUGCUGUCCUCAUCCCUUCUCCUGAACCCGUAGAAGUGUCACUUGUCCAAGUCGCUGGAAUCCCCCAUUUUGGUAGUUACAUUGAAGGUGGGAGUGGGUUAAGUGUCUCUAUUAGUUUGUGGCAUAGCUUCUUCGGUGCUGUUAUAAAUCUCCUCAAUGAGAUGAAACUUCCAACCAAAACCCUAUCACGCUUUUUCAAAUUAUUGGAUCUUCGAGUUAAUGUGACAACACAAGCAGGUGGGAUGGUUCAGAAAGUUGAUUGGCCGAUCUCGAGAGGUCAUUUGGAGCUGCGGAACACGAAUCCAGACGACAAUCCUUCAGUGACAUUCAACUACUACCAAGAACAAGAAGAUUUGAAUAACUGUGUUGAAGGACUUAGUACUAUAAUUAAAGUGAUAGAUUCGAAGAAAUAUUCCAAGUACAUGUUCCCUGGAGUCACCGGGCGGGGAUUGUUGGAUUUCAUUCUUGGUCUUCCCAUCAAUCUGAGGCCAAGACACAUUAAUUCAUUGUUCGAUUUGAAGCAAUAUUGUAAAGAUACCGUGAUGACUAUUUAUCAUUACCAUGGAGGUUGUCAAGUUGGAAAGGUGGUCGACAAUGAUUACAAAGUAUUAGGAAUUGAUGCUUUGAGGGUCAUCGAUGCAUCCACGUUUCUCAAGACCCCAGGGACUAAUCCUCAAGCCACGAUAAUGAUGCUUGGAAGGUAUAUGGGGCUGAAGAUUCUUCGAGAGAGGUCGGAAUUUCUCGAAACUAAAGAAGAACUAUGAAAAUUUAAAUAUGCUCAAAAGUCUUGUUACUAGAGACUGUUCCUUGCAAGAUCACAUAUUGCAAGUGCAUUUUUCUCUUUUACGUGAUGAAAUGCUAUAUAAGAAAAAUUAAAAUGUAAAGAUGCUAAGUUAUUUUACUAGGUUAAAAUCGAAC